AUGAUAAGGUGUCUCCCGCCAGGUAAAUAUCGGGUUUAUGCGCAAGAACAUCAAUUCGAAAUGCAAGAAUGUCAAUUAGAACGCCCUGAAAUGGGAACGUUCCAGUUGCCGAAAGAACUUGAAGAAGAGUCUGAACCAGAAUCGCCGCAUGAAAUAACUCAAGAGAUGAUUGAUGUAACCUUGCGUGACGUCAUUGCUGAUGAACUUAAUAUGACUGCUCCGGCAGCUGCUUCAAUUCAGCGUCGAAUGUUCAUCCUGACAGCAGAAAAGCUUUGUGAAGAAUGUGUAAUAGCAAACGCGCGUGUGGCUUUACUGGUAACCGGAGAAGUACCUCCGUGCGAUCCGAAAGAAAUUGUUGAUAAGCUCAUCGCUAUCAAAAACUACGACGUUGCUUUUGACGUUUGCAGGCAUUGUGAUGUUUCUGUGUGCGAUUUGCUGUGUGCUGUAACCCUGGAUUCCCUGUCGAUCGAUGCUAACCCACCCGAUAUCUUGCCUUCUUGGGUUCAAGCAAAUCAACGACGUUCUGAGAAAACUGGGUCUAGCAAUCACUGGUCUGUAGUGCGUGGGUUACUGGCAGCCGCAGAACGUCUCUGGCCUAACGACUCACGUCCGUUGCGCGCAAUUACGCGAACGUUUUUGGCGCACGGCAUUCCUGUUCCGUGCUGGCUGGACGCGGAAUAUGCGGAACGGGAUGUUGGAGGUUACUUGAGAUGUUUGAUUGAAUAUGGAGCAAUAUCUCAAGGUCUCAAAGUAGCAGCAAAUUGUGUCGAUCAAGAAACAAAGAAGGUGAAGUCGACUGACUCCAGUGUGUGGUUGCCUCUGACUGCUAUCAGCGAUUUAAUAAGCUUAGGUGCAAAACAGAAAGAAGAAAAGCUGCUUUCGUGUUUGAACGAAAAAUUGCGAACACAUUUCAUGCGUGUCGAAGGUUUCGAGAAAGUGGCUCAACUUUCUCACUGA